CUGCGUUUAGGCACCCGUAGUAGUGACGCAACAGUCUCGCAAGAUGAGACUUGUGACGUUGCUAUUCGCUGUCCGGCAGAAGCCAAGGAGCUAGACGUUAACGGAGUUGCGGGACGUUUAAGCAACGAUCUGGGACUGCGGACUUUGUUAAGAAUACCGGAACUGUCGGGCGGUAUGGGGGCCGGCUUUAAGAAGCAGCGGGCGAGCUGGCUGUCCUAAGGAUGAGCUAACUAGGAAGGGACAUUAGAAAAUAAAGCAAUGUUCGGGAGGUCGAAAAGCUGGGUGAGCGGUGGCUCUGGGCGCUCGUCUAGUGUCCACUCUCUGGACAGGCUCAAGUAUAUGUAUCAUAUUCUGACGAAGAAUACUACCGUCACUGACCUGAAUCGCAAUUUAUUAGUGGAGACAAUCCGGUCGAUCACAGAGAUUCUUUUGUGGGGUGAUCAGAAUGACAGCUCUGUAUUUGACUUCUUUUUGGAAAAGAACAUGUUUGUCUUCUUCUUGAACAUAUUACGGCAGAAGUCGGGCCGAUAUGUCUGUGGGCAACUUCUCCAGUCACUGAACAUGUUAUUCGAGAAUAUAAAUCACGAGACUUCUUUGUACUAUCUACUCUCUAAUAACCACGUGAACUCAAUCAUCGUCCACAAAUUUGACUUUUCUGAUGAAGAGAUUAUGGGUUAUUAUAUUUGCUUUCUAAAAACCCUUUCUGUGAAACUUAACAAUCACACAGUUCAUUUCUUUUACAAUGAGCAUACCAACGAUUUUGCUCUAUACACAGAGGCCAUUAAAUUUUUCAACCAUCCAGAGCAUAUGGUCAGAAUUGCAGUGCGUAAUAUUACUUUAAAUAUCUACAAAGUGUCAUUCAACAACCAGCCGAUGUUGCACUAUAUUAGAGAUAAAACAGCCGUGCCCUAUUUUUCCAAUCUGGUUUGGUUCAUUGGAAUACAUGUCAUUGAGCUCGACAAGUGUGUGCAAACUGAUGAAGAACACAGAAACAGGGGUAAUCUAAGCAAUCUGGUAUCACAGCAUUUGGACCAUCUGAACUACCUGAAUGAUAUUCUCAUAAUCAACUGCGAGUUUCUCAACGAUGUCCUCACAGACCAUCUGCUUAACAGACUACUGCUUCCUCUUUAUGUAUAUUCACUGGUAACACAGGAUGAGCCUGGAGAUCGCCCAAGAAUAAGUCGGCAAGUGUCUCUGUAUUUGCUGUCACAGGUCUUUUUAACCAUCCACUAUGCACCUUUAGUCGACUCUCUCGCUGAUGUGAUAUUAAACGGAGACCUUUCAGUGUUUUCAUCUAAAGCAGAGCUUGAUGCUAAGCGAAUUUCUGCAGAAUCUAGUGUCAGAUGCUUUAUAAAACCACAAGAGACACUGGAGAAAUCCCUAGAAAUCAACCGUCAGAGGGGGAAGAAAAAACUGCAAAAGAGGCCCAAUUACAAAAAUGUUGGAGAGGAGGAAGAAGAAGGAGACAAAGGGUCAGAAGAGAUAUCAGAAGAUCCAGACAAGGCUAAGGGUACAGAGAGUAGUUCAAAAGGCACAAAGACAAGCGGAGAAACUGAAGAAAUUGAGAUGGUGAUCAUGGAACGGUCGAAAUCAGCAGAGAAAUCUGCUGUAACAGAAGAAAACACUACAGAUGAAGAAAAAAGUGCAGCUGCAGCUGGAGCGGAGGCCUGUCAGAACAGGCCCUUCCUAGAUAUGGUUUAUAGUAACCUAGAAUGCACUGAAGAUGAUUACUAUACACUUUUUGUCUUGUGUCUUCUUUAUGCAAUGACCCAUAACACUGGUAUAAAUCCCAGCAAGUUGGAAAGGAUCCAACUGUUUGUACAGCCCACACAGGAGAACCGCACCUACAACCAUGUGCUAGCUGAAAGGCUUAUCAGAAUCAUGAGCCAAGCAGCUCAGACAGAUAGUAAAGUCAGACUGUCCACCUUGGAACUUACAUGUGUUCUGCUAAAGCAUCUUGUUUUACAUGACAGUGGCUGCAUUAUAAAAGAUGUUCAUCUUGCUUGCUUAGAGGGUGCAAGAGAAGAAAGCAUACACUUAUUGCGACAUUUCUACAAGGGGGAGGAAAUAUUUCUGGAUAUGUUCGAAGAUGAGUACAGAAGUAUGACCAGCAAACCUUUGAAUGUUGAAUACUUGAUGAUGGAUGAAUCUAUCUUGCUACCACCAACUGGGACACCCCUCACGGGUAUUGAUUUUGUGAAGCGCUUACCUUGCGGUGAUGUGGAAAAAACACGCAGAGCUAUACGUGUCUUUUUUAUGCUGAGGUCCUUGUCGUUACAACUAAGGAAAGAAUUAGAAACUCAGUUACCUUUGACAAGGGAAGAGGAUCUCAUAAAGAUGGACGACGUUUUAGACUUAAAUAACAGUGAUUUAAUUGCGUGCUCAGUCCUUACAAAGGAUGGAGGACAGGCGCAAAGGUUCCUGGCUGUGGAUAUCUAUCAGAUGAGUUUGGUAGAACCGGACAGUAAAAGACUUGGCUGGGGAGUAGUGAAGUUUGCUGGACUGUUACAGGAUAUGCAAGUAACUGGAGUUGAGGAUGACAGCAGAGCAUUAAAUAUCACCAUCCACAAACCAGCUUCAACUCCACAUUCCAAGCCAUUCCCCAUCCUCCAGGCAACAUUUAUCUUCUCUGAUCAUAUCCGCUGUAUCAUAGCAAAGCAGCGGCUGGCAAAGGGUCGCAUACAGGCUCGCCGCAUGAAAAUGCAAAGAAUAUCUGCUCUUUUAGACCUCCCUGUCCAGCCAUCAACAGAAGUCGUGGGGUUUGGACACAGCUCAUCAGCAGCUGCUCAGCAUCUGCCGUUUCGGUUCUAUGAACAGUCACGACGUACAUUGAGUGAUCUUGCCAUGCAACGAUCUGGCUUUGGGUCUGUUGACAAGGUGCCAGGCUUUGCGGUGGCACAGUGUAUAAACCAGCACAGUUCAUCCCCAGCAUCCUCACCAUCCCCUCCUUCCAGUGGCAGCUCCAGCGGAAGCACCGGAGUUUGUGAUUCUGGAACCACCAGCUUAACGUCCACUCCCUCCACACUGCACAGUCCGUCAGGUCUGGCAGGAAAGGAAGACGGCGAGUGUUUAGUCUCUCGGAGGCAGACAGUCACGGCGGACACUGGGUUUAGGCCAUCCAGCGGCAGCUGCCUCAAUGAUGCAUCCGUUUGUGACCAGCCUCAGCUGACUCCAAGCAACCAAGAAGAAAGUGCUGAUGAGGCUCAGGCAGCAGUCUCCAAAAUAAGGAAAAGUUCUUUAAACAAGUCAGACACUGAAAAAACCAACUUGGCUCCCAGUCUGACUCCAGCACCCCAACCAACUAUAUCUUUAAUAUCUGAUGAAAACACAGAUGCGUUGAGCGUGGAAUCCCUGACUCUGGUUCCGCCUGUUGACCCACAAAGUAUUCAUUCGAUCAGUAGCAUUUUACAAGCUCACAUCGAGUCAGAGACCUCUAGUGACAAUGAAGAUGCCACUGGUGUGCCCCCCGACACUGAGCAAGCAGUAAUAAUGGAGACACAGUGAUAUAUCUAUUUUGUAAGAUAUUGAAAGCCAUAAUAAUGACUUGAGCUCAACAUUCAACUACCAUUUGCAGCUCUUUUCUUUUGGACUGAGGAACUGGUUCUUUUUAGCACUGUCCUGAUGUUGUAAAGUCAAUCUUUCUAUAGACAUUCAGAAGAAAUAGCCAUGUACAGAAGUUACCAGCCAGUUGAUGUCCCCAUAAGAACUGCCCUGCGCUGCUUUUCAUGCUUCUGCUUUCUAACCAGAUGUGGGAGAUAUGAGACUUUAUUUAACUUAAAUUAAAGCCACUGGAAUGAUAACGAUUCUUGAUUGUGAUAAUCACAUUGCUUUUUGUGUUGAUUGUUUUGUUACAUUUGUGGUGUCUGUCCCCUUUCCACAGAUGACACUGUCCGGUCUUUGCACUGGCUGUCACUUGAACAUGUUAUUAGCUUUUCCUUGCGUUCAGUUUCAUUUUAAGUUGUUUUUGUCUGGUCUUGGCUGGAGGCUAGGUUCAGUCUUUGGUCAGGGCUUUUAACUUAUGAAACGAGUACAGAUAUACUAAAAUAUCAGCGUGUCACUCAUUAAGUCCUAGUUUCAAGAAUUCCAAGGACACCAAAUACAUAUUCUGCCCUAACUGUCAUUUGAGAGAGACCCUGCCAUUGCUCCAAGACCUACAACAUGGGAACCACUGGCAUAGACUGUUACUGACCAUGGUGGAGCCAUAGUUUAAAGCUUCUUAAACAGAGACCAACAAAGUUCAGCUUAUGUUGCUUUAGACUAUUGUGCCACUCCUUCAUUGGCCAUUUUUGGUCUGUGUAGCCUUUUGCUUUUAUUUAAAAAAUUCGGCUGUAACAUUCAUGUCUUAUAUAUGAAUAAAAGUCAACAGAAACUUGGUUAUUCUAGUCUGCUGAAAAACAAUACACCCAUUAUCCGCAUACAUUCUGCCAUAGCAACAUCUGUACUGUGGGUAUCUAUACCUGUGUAUAGUAUGUUACAAUAUGAUGUUUUAAUAUUGUUAUUUCUGGGGGGGGGCAUCCAGUCUUAAUAAUCAGAUUGACAAAUAAUUAAGAAAAAUGUUUUACUCUUUUGAUUUCAUUUUGUCUAAUGACUAUUGAACAUUGUAAUAAUGACCAGUUCCAGUACACAACAAAAAGCCUCUGACUCUUAUCGACUCUCAUACAGGUCAUAUUUAUUAAUUUUAUGAAUCUAUUCAAAUAUUUUACAAUACUGUUUUUUUCUUUAAAUUAAUGUAUGCUUAUCUAUGACAGCUCCCCUGCAUUAUGUUUUAAUAAGUUCUUUUCCCUUGCUCCAUUGAAUUAGAAUUUAGUUUUCCCGCAUAAAACCCUGUAUUGGAGAAGUGAUUCCAUUGUCAGAUGUAGAGACUGCACAGUAUGGGGGCUAUUUAUCAAAGGUCGAGUUAGUGAGGUUUUUUAAUACCUUGAAUAAACUCAAAUCAGUGAAUUUGGGGUCAAAACCCUGAAUACUCUAAUUUAUCAAGUUUUUGGCGAAAAAAAAAAAACCUCAAAUUGCUCAAAUUAAUCGAGUUUUUGAACAAAACCCACCGAAAAAAACCCGAACAUCAUGAAGGCUACAAACAUCUUCAAAUGGUUCAAGGGACCUCUGCCAUUGACUUCUACAUGACUUUGGUUUUAGCUGGACUAUUUUCAAAAUGAAGCUAUAGUAAUCUUCGGGGUAUAGUAAAUCUUGAAAAAUUAUAUAUUCUUUUAAAAACCUGAAAAAUUUGCUGUUGUUUUUUAACACGAAAAUUCGACUUUUGACACAAAACUACCCUUGAAUUCUUCAGGUAAAAAAACAACUCAACCUUCGAUAAAUAACCCCCUAUGUGUUGCUUAAAGUAAUCUCCUUGAAAGGUCAAUUUAAAAUGCUUUAUGUAGUUCAUAGAACUGUUCUCUGCCCAAGUACAGCAGGCCUGUGCUCUCCAAACAAAUGUUAAUUUAUUGCAUAUUCCCUACGCACACUAUUGCAUACUGGGUUCAUUAUCAGUAUUUCAGUCAUAUUGCAUACAAUUUAAUAAAGCUUUUCACAUUUGCAUUA